AUGGAAAUCCUUAAAAGUAGAACUUACGGUAUAAAUAGUUGCACUGAAAUCAUCCAAAACCUUGCAUUUUCCACAGUAGAGAAAAUGCCAAGAAAUGUCAAACCCAGUAUGUCAUCUCUACAUGAAUUUCAGGAAAUUAUAGUCUCUAUCAGGCAACUAACAUGGACAAAGUAUAUCUAUGGUUUCCACAAUGUUUGGGAGCCGAAAAGGGUAGCUAAUGUUAUGGAUGCUGCCGCAGGAAGAUUUGUGUCUCCCCUGCAAGGAAAUCCGCAAAGGUUUUGGCGACAGGAACGUUGUGUAUGCAGGUACAGUACUCUUGGGUCUGAUUCUUAUAGUACUAGCAGGCUCUUCACAAAAAUAACUGCAGUCCCUCAAAAUGCAGCCGUCAUGGUCCGUCAGUCAGCUUUGAAAUCUCAAUCUAUCAGCUUCUCCGUUCCGAUUUUCCGACCAAAGGACAGAAAGUCAGGUCUUUAUGAUUUGCAUUUGAGCUGGUUCAAUCCAAGCUGUGAAUCAUGUGCAACACAGGGCAAGUACUGCGGAUUGAAGGCUAAUAAUACUCGACUUGAAACUGAAUGUUUAGGCAAGAUCAAUCAUUUUUCAUGGAUAUCCGCAAAGGUUUUGGCGACAGGUACAGUCUUGGGUUUGAUUCUUAUAGUACUAGCAGGGUUUGUAUUUUACCGCAUCUACAGCUUUGAUAAAAUCGAAAAGUCAUAUCAAUUGAAGAUUGAGAAAUUUUUAAGUGAUUACAAAGCUUUCAAGCCUGCAAGGUAUUCAUAUUCUGAUAUAAAGAGGAUCACAAAUGAAUUCAAGGAGGAAUUAGGCCAAGGUGCCUAUGGAACUGUGUUCAAAGGAAAGCUCUCUGACCAAAUCCUGGUAGCUGUUAAAGUCCUUAACAAUUCAAAAGGAGAUGGAGAAGAAUUUGUUAAUGAAGUUAGAUUAAUAGGAAGAAUUCAUCAUGUUAAUGUGGUUCGAUUAAUUGGAUUUUGUGCUGAUGGAUUUAGACGAGCUCUAAUUUACGAGUACUUAUCAAACGAUUCGUUAGAGAAAUACAUAUCUUCUGCUGAUUCUAAGACCUAUUUUCUUGGAUGGAAAAGAAUGAAGGAUAUUGUGAUUGGUUCAGCCAAAGGAAUCGAAUAUCUCCAUCAAGGAUGCAAUCAAAGAAUCAUCCAUUUCGACAUAAAACCAAAUAAUAUCCUGCUCGACAACAAUUUCAAUCCUAAAAUCUCUGAUUUCGGCCUGGCAAAGCUGUGCUCUAAAGAUCAGAGUGCCGUGUCAAUGACUACAGCUCGAGGAACCAUCGGCUACAUUGCUCCUGAAGUGUUUUCAAGAAAUUUCGGCAAUGUUUCAUAUAAAUCGGAUGUGUAUAGCUUCAGAAUGUUGGUUUUAGAAAUGGUUGGAGGACGAAAGAGGGAAAAAGAUGAACAAAUAUACUUUCCAGAAUGGAUUUAUAGUCUUUUAGAAGAAGGAGAAGAUGUAAGAUUGCAGAUUGAGGAAGCGGAAGAUGCUAAAAUUGCUAAAAAGCUUGCAAUAGUGGGAUUAUGCUGCAUUCAAUGGAAUCCCGUGGAUCACCCAUCCAUGAAAACAGUUGUUCAGAUGUUGGAAGGUGAAGUAGACAAUUUACCGGUACCACCAAAUCCAUUUAGCUCCAUGAAUCCAACGAGAAUGAAUACGAUAAAUCAAAGAUAUAUAAACCACAACUUGGAAGUUAUUUGAGAAACAGAAACAGAAACAGAAUGAUACAAAUUUGAGAAACUAUAUCCUGUAAGUAAUUGUAAUUCCAGACAAGAAUUCUUGUUGUAAUAAUCCAUCAGUACAAGAAAAGGGAAUAACUAUAAAUACCAUUACUUUUGUA